CACAUUUUUACUCACAAGACUAUUUUUAUAAUUUUGAGAAUUUCAAGCAAAAAUUACUCGUUUUUUCCCUGUGGUAACAAGCUGAAAAAUACUUACAACAUUAAAGGACACUUUGGUGUGUAAAAGGUUGGUUUUUACUGUUUUUAAACCUGCUGUUAUGUACAAGGAAUUACGUGCAUGGGAGCCAUAUAACUCAGUCCAAUAUUGUGCUAGCCGCUAGGGCCUAGGCAUAGAAUAGAUAUCUGGGCCUAGGUCUCUUCUUAACAAUCUGCUUGCGUUUUUCCAUUGCGCAUUUGUACCUUGUCUUUUGCGUGAUCUACACUCUAUGUAUUCUUAAUUCCUUUUUUCAGGUAGUUGCAUCCUAGUAUAUUCCCUACCAACCAAAGUAUUGUUUAAAAAGUUUAAUAGUAAAUGUAUAGAAAGCAUCAAAAUUGCACGCCCCAUAUCUCUCAGUUGCGCGAUACAAACUUUCCACACUGGGCAUCACUCAGUUAUCAAGUAUGUCUGGGUUUGGGCUGUGUGGAAAGUUUGUAUCGUGCAACCGAGAUAUCAGAUGCACAAAUUUGAUGCUUUCUAUAUAUUUAUUAUUAAGUUUUUUAAGUCUCGGGUGCAUGAUUUCCAAACUUUCCAGUCAGGGAUUUGGGCUAAUACAGUCGGUUUAACUAAUGGUUUGACCAACUCUGCAAUCUGACCCAUAAUUUUUGCAGUCAAACCGGAUGUUCUCUUGCGAGCAACAAUGCAAAAUAUAAUAUGUCCCACAAUAUUGUAAUUUUGAUAGGCAGAUUGCUCUGAGCAAUUUGCAACUGACGCGAGCAAAUUGCAAGUUGAAAUUCAAUUCUCUGAUUGGACUAUUAGCAAAAAGGAAGCCAACCAAAUAGUCUGAGCAACUGGAUUGGUGCUUCCCUCUUUCUUGUAGUCCAAUCAGAGGCUUUGUUUACAAAUCUUUGUGAAUUUCAACUUGCAGUUUGUUCGCGUCGGUCGCAAAUUGCUCAGAGCCACCUGCCUAUCAAAAUUGCGAUAUUGUGGGACAAUACUGCAAUGUUGCUCACAAGAGAACAUUCGGUAACAUACCUUACCAUCAAUACUUGAACUUCUAAUAUUUUAGGAAAGUUUUGAACUAACUCAGUGGAAUGUCAGAGUUGAACAUUCAACAAUGUGAUAAUUUAACCAAUAUUGUCAAUGUGAGCCAAGAACCCGACGCUCAGCUUGAUCCUCGGGUGAAAAUCUACUUGAGCUUGGAAGCGAUCUAUGACAGUGAUUCGAGUGAGGAAUACUCAGACGAAGAUAGUUUGAGUGAGUACUCCAUGGACUAUGAAUAUUCUGCUGACGCCAAUAACUAUAAUAUGAAUGUAUCAAUGAAUAACAACACUUCACCAAACAACUGUAGAGGGGACAUUGGUUCUUCCCAUCAAAUUCAGAUUCCGUCCACUGGUCGAACUUGUACAUCUGCCAAACCUAGCAACCGGCCACCCCCGCCUUCCCGAGAUCUUUACAAGUCCCUUAUCAACCAAUCAGAGCAUCCAAUGAAACCUGUCCAGCAUUCCACAGGGGCUUAUAGUUAUUCGAACAUACAGGGUUCAUCAAGCGGGCAAAAAACAAUGUUGCAACGCUCUUUAGAUGCCAUGAGACAAGUUGGUAAUCUAAGAGGUCACCAUGACUCGGCUGCUGAGGUGAUGCAUGUAGCAGGCAAUGGUGGAAAUGCCCGUGGUACUAUGGCACAUCCAGCUAACCAACCUCAAACAACUUUAGGAGAGCCCCGAUCACCUACCUUUUCUUCAUCCCCAAGGAAACAAGAGUCUUCAAAAUCACUUGCACCUUCUUGGACACACUCAUCAACGAGGCAAGACAAUUCUCUACACAUGCUACACUCUGCAGCAUCUCAAAAACCUACAUCACCCACCAAUGUCCCUAACCAAGUUGCAUUAUCUACCAGUAGCCCUGGCCAUCAUGCGUUACCCACAACUAUCCACAAGAGGCCACCACCACCGUCGGCAGUAUUCAUGCAGCAAGGACCUUUGCCAACCAAGUCCCAAAAACAUGUACAGCAUUCAAAUAUACCAUUGUCUCAUCAGAAAGAACAUACCUCACAGUAUCCUAGCAACCAGAACACAGCAAUUUCACAGUAUCCUGGCAACCAGACCAAACCAACACCACAGUAUCCAAACAGAAUGCCACCACCAACACAAUUUCCUACCAACUUAACCACCACCCCUUCCAGACCAGCAACUCAAACACCAGAACAAUCAGUUGAAUCAAAAAUCAUUGCCUUCCUCCAAAGUCAGGGACGUCCUUGCAACACAAAAAGUAUCAGGUUGUCACUUGGUGCUGGUUCGAAAAAAGAAAUAAACCCCAUUCUGUAUUUGAUGCAACGGAAAGGAAACAUUGCAAAAGUUCAGGACUCACCCCCAACAUGGAAACUUUGCCAGGGAAAAGGAGUUACUACUCCACCUUCCAGCAUCCAAAACCCACCAGCACGAAGCCUUGGGCGUGGUUAUCCAGGCUCAAAUGCAUCGUACAUGCAAACACCAUCUCAAGUCCAAUCACAAGGACAAAUCGUUGGGCGUGGCACUCAAGGUCCGAGCGCAUCUUACAUGCCAAGCCCAGCUCAAAACCAAUCUCUGACAACUCAACCUAAACCCCCCAAACCAGCUGGUGGUUCAUCCACUACCGGCAAAGAUUUCUUUGAAGCAUGUUUUACGUCCAUCAAUAAAAAUCCCGUCAGCGCAUUCAACAAUUAUGCCCAGAAGAAUAAAAGCGAAGCAACUUUUGAAAUCAUUUCCCAAAAGACUACUGGCAAACCUUCGUUUACCGUUGCCGCCAAACUUGGCAAGCACAUGUUUACCGCUGUUACCGCCGGCAACAUGAAGGAAGCAAAACGACAAGCUGCUGAUGUUGCACUUCGAGAAAUUGGACAAGCUUCGGGAUCCGGUCGUCCCGAUUCCACAGAUGGAAAACUCGAUCUUAGCAAUCUACCGUCCAUUCCACGUAACAACACUUGGACACAUUUUGACUGCAUGGCUGCAUUAAGCCAUCAGCUGUUUGCUCGAAUCGCCCCGACCGUUUCGGCUUCGUUUGCCGGAAGAAAAGUAAUUGCUUGUAUGCUAAUGAAACUGAGUAGCCAAGAUCCUGGACGGGUUAUGAGUUUGGGUGCGGGUAACCGAUGUAUAACUGGGGAACGAAUUAGUUUGGAGGGUAGAAAGGUUAAUGAUUCACAUGCUGAAAUAGUUGCAAGGCGAGGACUGAUCCGCGUGUUUUAUAAAGAACUCAGCAACUGCUUUGCUGGAAAAGAAUCGAUAUUCGUGAGGAAGGGAAGCGCGGCCAAACUUUGUCUUCGAGACGGGGUGACCUUUCAUUUAUAUAUCAGCACAGCCCCAUGUGGAGAUGGAGCGCUAUUCUCUCCUAGGGAGGCGGGGGGUGUGGUAGCUGGGGGCGAAAACCUGACCCGAGAUCACACCCCAACCUUCACCUCGAAGCAGCAAGGAAUCCUUCGCACAAAGAUUGAAGACGGCGAAGGGACACUGCCCAUCGAUUUUGACGCACCACCGCAAACCUGGGAUGGCUUGCUACAAGGGGAUCGGCUCCGGACCAUGUCAUGCAGUGAUAAGAUAUGUCGAUGGAAUGUGCUGGGACUCCAAGGAGCCUUGUUAAGCCAUUUCAUUCAACCUAUCUACCUGGAUAGCCUAACUUUGGGCUAUUUAUACGACCACGGUCACUUAUCACGUGCUGUGUGCUGUCGACUCCAACACAAGAAUGACCUGAAUGACCGGCUCGCACGAGGAUACCAUGUGAACCACCCGUGCCUCGGACGUGUUACUGCUUACGAUCCCCCACGUGAAACAGAGAAAACCAACAACAUCAGCAUCAACUGGGCAUUGGGGGACAGCAAUGCCGAAGUAACAGAUGGAAGGGACGGGGCUUGCCUAACCCGAACCGGCAACGCACCGACCCCGUCACGCCUCUGCAAGGCGGCGUUAUACGGGAACUUCCGAGAGCUAUGUCGGAGAGUACCGGAAUUGCAACAUCUCCUCAAGACGGACUCGUACAAGGAGGCGAAAACUUUGGCAGAAGAUUUUUGCCGUUGCAAGAAAGAAAUGAAAGCUCAGUUUAAGGCAUCGAAGUAUAGUCAGUGGGUUUCAAAACCGAUGGAGCAGGAUUUGUUUAGUGAUUCUUUGCCCGCCUUGGAUGUAUAGAAUUUGUCAUGUUAAAGUUCACCAUCGUUCUAUCACCACCAUCAUUAUGCUGCCUCGUAACGGCGUUAGGAUAGGAGAUCGAUCGCAUGGGCCGUUAAUCUGACGAACGAAAAUAUAUAGAAACAUAUACCCAAUAGACCUUAUGCAUAAUGACGUCACAAGGCUUGAUGCCCACGAGGAAUGCUGGUCUUAGUAGUCAUCGCCACGUAAAUUUCGAUAGUGGCCAUUUUGAAUUGUUCAAUUUUCCCGGGCGAUGACUACUAAGACCAGCAUUCUUCGCGGGCAUCAGGCCUUGUGACGUCAUUAUGCAUAAGGUCUAUUAGCCUGACGACGAAUAUCCGCCAUUUUUGGGUGGCAUUUAAUUCUUGUUAACCAAUGCAGACUAGACAAUUAAAACAAUGUGAAAAGCAAUUUUUCAAAAUAAACUAACCAUUUACAAAGCAAAUUUACCAUCAUUCGUUCAAAAAAUUAUAAAAAGUCACUGUUGCGUGGACUUAUCUCGUAGACGUCGGCUGAAAAGCCACCCAAAAAUGGCGGCGUGAGAAAAGCUAUUGCACAACGUUAACGUUGGAUAAGUCAUAUGCCUAUAGUUACUAUUGUAGAAAAGAACAAAGGUAACUAAAACCCUGGGCAAACUAGGAAAUAUUGUUGUGGAAACAUUUGUGAUUCUCGAUGUUUCCUCAAAUGUUUCCCUGUUUGCCCACCCGUAGAAACAUUGUUGCGGAAUCAAUAUUUCCGCAACAAUGUUUCCUAGUUUGCUCAGGGCCUAAGCUUGGGAAUUAUCUACAUGAGUGAACGAUUCUAAUGCCAGUUACAUUGUUCUAUUUUCUGCCCAUGUAAACUGGAACAAUUGUAACUAGGCGUGUGAGUUAUCCAACUUUGUGAAUUGGGUGGUAACAAUGUAAACAACGUUAGCUGAAUUUUUUAUUGAACUUUAGUUGUAGUCUUUUUAAAAUCGUUAUUUUAAGAAAAGAAAUUUUACAGUAAAUACAUUACAUAUCAAGUGAUUUAGAAAUGUGGAUAUAGUAUCGCUAUGAAUCCCUAUGAUAAUAAUAAUGAGUAGUUUAC